AUGUCGGUACCUCUAGAUGAGAAGCAUGUCACUGACAGUAAAUCGGAAACCAUUCCAGCUCUGCACCCCAGUAGAAUAGAGAGUAUAAAUUUUGUGAGUUAUAAACCACCACCAUUAGAUACCAGUGAUCAAGCUCAGUAUGGGGAGUGGAUGGAACGAUUACAGUUUAUUGCUGAAGAUUUACAUCAACUACUUCAACAACCUCACGAUAUAUUCUGGUGUCAGGUAGUUUUUGAUGAGAAAAUUCAUCUAUUAUUAGAUUCCUAUCUACGCUAUGCUCCAAGAUCAUUUGAUGUAGUCUAUAGACUUGAUUUGCCAGACAGAUAUAAAGAAAAACAGAAUGAAGUCCAUCGCUUGAUAUUUUUAACUUUAUUACGAAUGGCUACACAUAAAGAAUCAAAGGAGAAUCUCAUAACACCAAAAAUAUUCGGAGAUAUUUUGUAUGAGAAUUUUUUAUUUGACGUGCCCAAGAUGUUGGAUAUGAGUAUUCUAUAUGGACGCGGCAAUUCUCAAAUUCUCUCCAAAAUGGUGAACAAUAUUUUCACCCAACAACCAAAAUAUGAAGAUGAUCUCAGAGCUACUGUUCCUACUAUCUUACACGUAUUUGACAAUGUGAUAGCAAAAUGUAGAUUGGAUAAUGAAAACAGUGCAACUGAACCUAAGAAACUUGGCAAAGGAGAAUCGGCAGAUACUCUGGUAACCAUAGCAACCAGUGACUUCCAGGAUAUUUUAUUCUAUUUAACAGACAUUGGCGAAACUCUUGCCAGUUUUAUGGAAAUCUAUCCUAAAGCUUGUCAAAUAUUUCAUGAAUUUAGUUUUGAGCAGAAAUUAGCUAAUUUUUAUGAACAAGUUAUACCAGAGUUAGCUGAAGCUGUUAAAGAGAGAACAUUUGAUGAUAUCAGCCAUCGUCAUCUAAUGAAACAGAAAUUGCAUCAAAGUAAAGGAUCGUUAAAGAAGAUAUUUAAUUUAAUAAUUACUCAUACCUGUAUUCAGCCUAUACUAGAACAUAAUAAGAAGGAAUCUGAGCCCUAUGUGGAGGAUUUCCUACACACCAUGACUAGUGUACUGGGUGAACGUAGGUUUUUAGCUGAUUAUGAAAGUAGUUAUAGUUUCCAAGAUAUUAUGGAUAUAUUUGACCAAUCAGAAUGCAGUGUAGAUGAGGAAAGGCUUCAUUAUAUAAAGAAUGCUGUCAAUACAGCCUUCGCUACUUUUGGAAAACGCAAAAAGCCUUCAGGGGCUACAACUACUGGUGGGAGGACUAGUCCAGAUGGUUCCCCAGGGCCACCUGAUGACCAAGGUGCUAUGGGCGGGGCCUAUGGGGUACAAAUAAUAUUAAUAUUGUUACAGGAGAGAUGUACUGCCACUGGGGCCAGUGUUUCACCAAUAGAACUAGAUUCUAUGAUAAUAGCUGUAAAAGAUUUGUUACCAGAUUUAGGUGAAGGCUUUAUAGAGAUAGCGUUAGAAGAAUUAAGUUAUAAUGUAGAAAGAGUUAUCAACUGUAUUUUAGAAGAGAAGCUGCCUCCAUCUUUAAUUGAGAUUGAUAGAACGUUACCAAGACAAAUGGCAGCACCAGAACCAGAGUUGCUAGUAGAAACCAGACGUAAUAUAUACGAUGGAGAUGAGUUUGAUAUUUUUAGAAACGAUAAAAUUGACAUGUCCAAAAUUCAUAAAGGAAAAAAAGAAGAGAAGGCUGUUUUUAGAGAUAAGAAUUUAAUAAAAGAAUUGAAGCCAACCUAUGAUGCGUAUGGUUCGAUGUACGUAGAGAAUAUGUACGAUAAAAAUGUGGAAUAUGAUGACCUGUAUGAAGAUGAAUAUGAUGACACGUAUGAUACCAAUAAUGUCGGAGCAGAUGAUGCUGAUUCUGCAGAUGAACUUAUGAGUAAAAGGUUACAGUUUAGAACUGAUAGAGUUCUACAAGGUAAAGAAGAUGAUGAUGAUGAUAAUGCUGAACGGGAUGCUGGUCCAUCCACACAUCCUGAUGGAUGGAAGAAGAACCAGUUUGUUGCAGAUCCUGCUAAAUUACGUGAAGCAGCCGCUCAAAGAUACGCAGCUAAGGUUGCUCGCAGAGGUGGAGGUCAACCUAGGAAAUAUGAUGUUCAAGGUCAAGCCAAAGGUCAAGGUCAAAGUGGGGAUGUUUUGAAAAACCGAGCGUAUAAAGAGAAACAUAAAACAGCACGAGCCAAUCACAACAGACGUGACAUGUCAGAUAGAAAACGACGUGUAUAA